UCUCUAAGAUCUCUCGGAAAUCAUCGGUCUUGUACAUUAAGAAGGAGGGAAAAUAAAAUGACAGCCUCCUCGAAAUCUGUCGUGGUUUGGGAAUGGAUGAAUGAAUAUGGUCGAUGGCGACCUUAUGAAUCUCACAUAGCAAAUUUCAUCGAAUCUAGUCACAGGAAAAACCCAUCAGUUCAAGUGAAUUUGGGGAAAGUGGCUCCAAACAUGGGAAUAUAUUCCAUAGAUUUUUUAACCAUGUGCCAGAUUCGGUUUGGAACAGGGACAGCUAGGCCUGUGCGACGUCAGUUGUUGGCAGAUUCCAGCCCCCCAGGAAAGGGAAUUAUUUGGCAGUGGGAGGGGGAUGUUCGUGGCCAGUGGAACACGUUUGAUAUGGAGGUCGCCUGCCUUCUGGAGGAUCACUUUUCAAACCCUUCUACUCAGAACACUGAGCUGAACCUCUCCAAAACUGCUGUCAAAUUACCUUACAUCAUGGAUUUAAGUAAAAUGACUCAGAAAAGAAUUGAGACAGGGCGCUUACGAAUGAUACGUCGUGAGCUCUUGGCCAUGCCAUAUAUGAAGUGUAUUCCUUCUGACAAUAGCUCCACAGGCUCAACUACUGCUCAGUCUAACACACAGUCUGCAAACAAUGGUGCUGUGAAUGGAGGGAGUUGUGUAAAGAAACAGAGACUGUCAGGAAGAGGACAGAUGUCAUCUAAUUCUUUAUCCAGUGGGACAUUUCAAAACUCUGCUGUAAUGCUUCAGAACUCUAAAAGUGCAAUGCCAAACAACUCUCAUGUACAAUCCCAAAACUCUAAUUCAUCAUUUUACAACUUGACCACAUCGUCUCACAGUUCAAAUACAACAUCUCACAACCUUAACAUAACAUCUCACAGUUCAAAUACAACAUCUCACAACCUUAACAUAACAUCUCACAGCUUAAAUGCAGCAGUUUAUAAUCCGAAUGCAACAGCUCACAACUUAAAUGCAAUGUCUCACAACUUUCAUGCAACAUCUCACAACUCAAAUACAGCUUCUCAGAAUUCAAAUACACCCCAAAAUUUGAAUGCACCAUCUCACAACUUAAAUGCAACAUCUCAUGCACCAACUCACAUCUCGGGGGUCCUGACUAGAAAGAGAUUAUACACUCAAAUGGCUUUGAGUUCUUCCCUGCCUACCUCAGUCCACAUCAACGCGGGGACUCCACCUGUGUCUCAUCAAGCAGCCAGUCAGAAUGCCCAGUUAUUUCAUCAAGCACAUUCGCAGUCCCCGAGUAACCCACCGCCAGCCUCUGGAAUCUCGACAGUGGGAUUCAUUCCACAUGCUAACAUGUUCCACAGAGCUGCCAAUUAUUUUCCUGGAAAUAUAGGACACAGUUCCACUCGGCCCAUCCAUCCUUCAGUCAGAAGUGGGCUGGUCGGGGGCAGUUAUGGCAACUUUACUUAUCACAAUUUCAACAACCACCAAAUGAGUGGCCCUGUAGUCAGGUCAGGUGUUUCAGGUGCUGUGAACCCUGUGGGGUCUGGUGCUGUGAACCCUGUGGGGUCUGGUGCCCAUUCUUUAGCUGGUACCCAGCUCUCUACAUCAACUGGUGCUACAGGAGGAGGAGGAGGGGCCACUGGUUUCUACCUACCUUCUGAGGAUAAGAUUCCUAAUAAUGUAUCCAAAAUGAACACUCACUCCUCUGGUACCUGGGCUGGCUGUGAAGUAUUUGAGAACUAUGUGUCAAUCCUGGACAACCCUCCAGAUGAUGAGGACUGCUGUAUAUGUUGUGAGAAGCUCACCCAUGCCUCCGGGUAUGGAGAGGGUAAAAAGGACGAGAAAGUUGUCUUCAAGCUCAACAGAUGUAGCCAUAUGUUCCAUAAGCUGUGUAUUUUGGCCAUGUAUGAAAGCACCACAAAAAAUGGGUCCGUCCAAUGCCCUACUUGUAAGACGAUUUAUGGAGAAAAGCAUGGAAACUGUCCGGACGGGGUUAUGGAGUAUCUGACAGUCCCCCACUCCCUCCCAGGCAAUGAAGGUCACCAAACCAAGGUCAUCAUUUAUCACAUUUCCCCAGGGAUCCAGGGACCAGAACAUCCCCACCCUGGCAAACGCUUCUCCUGCAGAGGGUUCCCUCGAGUUUGUUACAUUCCAGACAAUGAUAAAGGCAGAAAGGUCCUGAAGUUGUUAACGGUGGCUUGGAGAAGGAGGUUGACGUUCACUAUUGGUCAGUCAAGCACGACCGGAGAAUCGGACACCGUGACAUGGAACGAAAUCCACCACAAAACCGAGUCAGGAAGGAAUGACUCGGGGCAUGGUUACCCUGACGACAAGUACCUAGACAACGUGUUGAUGGAACUCAGUGUGCAAGGUGUCACAGAGGCUGACUUGUCCUCGUAAAAACAGUAAACAUUGACAGACAUAUUGGCUUACUCAUGCAGUUUGUGUUAGGUCUAUAUCUAUGUGUUAUAAACAUAAAGGAAAAAUUCUCCUACUUGCAACUUAAUAUGAAAUCCACUAAAUUUCAAUGUUCUUUAUAGAUUACAUAUUUGAUAAUAAUCACCAGUGUCAGCUAUUGCCAUAAAAUGAAGAAAGUGACACAAUUGCUUGUACAUGUAUAUCAUUUGCAAUUGACUAUAUAUUGUCAUGACUUGGUGAAUAUAGGCCUACAUAUCAUAUAUGAUAUGUGUGGAUGAUAAAUGAUAAAAAAGUAAUGAGCCAUCACAGGUGUUGAUACUAUUUAUAGAAAUUCUUUGGAUGACAAGGAAAAUAUUAACAUGGUAUCUUUGAUGUGCAGUCCCCUAUAUUGAUUUACCACAAUUUCAAUUGAUUUACAUUGUUAAAUCAAUAAUUAUGCAAAUUGGACACUAUUUACACUUUUACUUUCAAAUUGUUAAAACAUUUCUGGGUUUUUUUAAUUUAUGCAAGGUAGGCAUGAUUUCUGUUCUAUAAGUUUCUGAUCUGAUAACUAUAAAAAGUUACAUGUUCACAUGUUUUACCAUUUACUGCAUGUUUGUUGUGUAUAGCUGAGAAAAACUCACUGUUUCCUCAGAUAAUGGGCUAACACUAGGUGCCAUUAUCUCCUAUCAUGGAACUUUAUUUAACAUACCCAAUAAACAGUUACCAUGGUUGCAUAGUCAUCAGCAAGCCUUAGUUUAUAGUUUUUGUUUCAGUCAUGUUAUACAAAUAAAAGUUAACAUUGAUAAGGUCAAUGUUAUUCUAAUAAAGUGACACUGAUAAAGUUCAUGGUAUUCUAAUUAAGUGACACUGAUAAAGUUCAUGUUAUUCUAAUUAAGUGACAUUGAUAAAGUCCAUGUUAUACCAAUUAAAUUACAUUGAUAAGUCCAUGUGCCAUAUAUUAGCUGUAACAAAAUUGAUGCAAAAUUUUAAACAUUUUUGUUAAAUAUGAAGUUUUUAAUAUAUAAAUGCAGUAAACCUUUUGAUUGAUUAUUUCCUGAUUACUCUUGCUAUAUUUCUGAGGCAUAAUUGCAUUACAAUGUAAGGUAGAAUAUACAGCAGAAGGGUUCAUAUUGAAACUCUUCACUUUGGAAACACCCUACAUGUGUUCUAAGACCCAAAAUGCCGACUUUGUGUUUGAAUUAAGCAGCCAGUUGUUGGCUAGCUGCAUAAGACUUGCUGAUUUGACGCAUGGAAAAAGCUCUAUGCACAAAAUUGGAAUCUCCUUAAGGCAUAUCAAUUUACAAUGAAGCUGUUGCUGUGAACACGUGGCUGUGAUUUGUUUGUGUUGUUGUGUGUGUCUGUUCUUCCUUGGGAUUGUUGUUGUUAUUGUUUGGGGAGGGGGGGGGGGGGCACAUUAACACUGUCGUAUAUUACCAUGAACUAAAUGAAAAUCUUGGUCUGGAAUAUCUAUUUGUAUAUCCAUUACUAUAAUGAUUCAAUUUCUUAGCAUUUUUAAUUAAUUCAUACAUUUACAUUUUUACAUGCAUGCAUUAAUUGUUGAGUUAUAAGAAGAACUUUUUCAGAAUAUUGUUCUUUUUGUGUUUAAUAAUUUUACACCAAUUUAGAUACAAAUUUUUCAUGUAACUUGAAUGUUCAUUGUUUAUUUACAGCGACUCUGUAUAUGACUGACAUAAACAUUUUUAUAAGAUUUCCUUGAGUUUCAUGUAUAUUGGUCAAGAGUGGUUUUAAAAUCACUAGCAAUCAAAGAACAUAAAAACUGUUCUGACAUUUGUGGAAUCCCUGACUUAUAUCUACUGGGGUUCUGUCUUUGGAACAAUGUCCGGUGUUGUCAACUUCCAUUCAGUAUAUGUGAUCAUAAGAUAAAUUCCAUCAUAUAUAGUUUACUAAAUGUAUAGCAUAAAAUGAUAUAUGAUUGUUUUAUAUUCAAUUUGUUAUUAAGUUUGCUUCUGAAUCAGUUUUAUGAAUUUUUUUUCUAUACUAGACUAACAGGUGCUUUUUGUGAAAAAUGUUCAAGCCUUUCUUGUAAGACUUGUGUAUAUUAUCGGAAACUCGGACACAUCUCUGUUUUGAGUAAAGUAAGAAAUAAAAGUCUCAAUAUCUGUAAUUUGGCUAUCUACAUAUUAUUGUUAUUAGCCGCUUGUUUGAAUGUAUGAGUUUAAGACUGAGCUGUGUAAUUAAGAGUAGUAUUGUUGUAUAAUUAUACAAAGUCUUCAAAAUUAAAUUAAAUCGAGAUGUAUAUAUAGAUUGAAAGAUAAGUUACUGUUUAUGGUAUAAAGGUACAUACCAUUUUGUAAGAUAGAGAUUUAUAUAGAUGAGUAUAGUUUAUGUGUAUACAUCCCAUUGUAUAUUAUGAUCAUCAUGUUAGCUUGUUUGUAAAUUUUGUAUCUUGUACAAAACAUAUAUACUGUACAUGACGUCUGUUUUAUUCCUUUAUGAUUACCAUGUGGUCAUGGUGCCCUAGUUGUGUAUAACUAAUGGCCAGUGUCAUAUUUAUAGUCAUCUAAAUCACAAUUUGUUUUUGAAAAUAAACCCUAUUCCAAGUUCACUGA